AUCUGUACACCUGCAUUUUCGCAUCGCGUGUGCAUGUGUGACUGUCGCCUGUGUUUAUGUUGUUGGUGUAAUCCCUCGCUCAGACGUGCGUAAGCCGUGUCAUUUCGAAUUAUUUGGUGCAGAACGCUUUGACCGCUUCGCACAGCUACCGCAGCUUGAGAUAGGUCACGCCACAUUCCGCCGGCGAAUCUUAAGCUAGAUCGCUGAAGCGGAGGCGCGGUGCUUUUGCGCUUGUUGUCUCCUUUUAUUCCGUAUUCGUGACACAAGUGCUUCGCCGCUGGCGACCUUUUCGGAUCAUAAGCAAUACACCGGCCCUACGAGUCGCUCUACGCGUGCGCCCAAUCACGCGUGUCAUCAUCUAGUCGCUGGGUUCACCGCCAGCUCGACCGUGGGGCGUCUGCUUUCUACUCCGCUCCGACAGCGCCGUGGGUGCUGCACGCGUUCAAUCGCAUUUCCUGACCGCCUUGGCUAAUCGUGCAUCGGUCGCCUGUCGUGGCUGCGAACAUCCGUCGCCGCGGUUAUCUUCGACGCGUCCUUGGACAACUUGUGCUGACUAACCAUGGAGCUGAGGCUUCGCCGCGUCUUCGACUGCUUCGUGGUGGCCUUCAUCUGCGCCGCUGGACUCCUGCUACUGCCGCUGUUGCUGCUGAGUUUUCGCGCACGCCAGUGGUUCUUUGUGCAUAUCAUGGCCGUGGCUGGCCGGCUGUGGCGACACACCUUCGAGGACACUCGACGCAAAACGAUUGCCGCGCUGGACGAGCCGGAGUCCAGCGAUCCUGAAUUGCGCGCGGACGGCGCCAUUCGAGUGCUCGAAAUUGGCGCUGGUUCGGGAGCCAACUUCGGCUUCUUACGAAGGAAGAUCAAGUACUGGAACGUCGAUCCCAACACGGAGUUCCAAAAUUUCCUUCUGGAAACGAUCAAGAAGUACCCGAAGGUGGAGAUGGAGCGCUGGGUUGUCUGCUACGGCGAGGACAUGCGCGAUGUUCCCGACGCUCAUUUCGACGCGGUGAUAGUGACGCACCUCCUCUGCUCCGUCCACUGCCCUGAGAAGGUUCUGCAAGAGUGUCGCCGAGUUCUGGUCAAGGGUGGCCGGUUGGUGUUUAUGGAGCACGUGGCACAGCCCAAGGGAAGCGUGGGCCGGAUGUUGCAGAGUGUGCUGACGCCUUUGUGGUGUAUCAUCUGGUGCGGAUGCUGCCUGAACCGAGACUCGGGAGAGGUCAUCAAGAACGCCGGAUUCAGCGAGGUUCACUUGAAAGAGACGAACGUCGACAUGCGCAUCAUCUUGACGCGGCAUGUGUACGGCUACGCUGUCGCGUAAAAGCGACUUGGCCCGGCACUAUAGGCUUCUUCUGUGGUACAGUGUCACUGUGCACUCACUGCAUACCGCUACGGCUUUUCUUGUUCCAUGCAGAACAUUUACGUAAUGAAACUUGAAGAUGAAGUAACACCACAAACUGUAUAUUUUUAAGGAGUUUUUUUCGCUUAGUAUAAUGCAAAUGUAAGGUUUGAUACGUAUACUUGCAGUAUUAUGUUUCAAUAUUUGUACAAAGCAUUCUAUCAAAUCAAUUGGUGCAUUUCUCCCUCUGAGGAGGUGUUUCAGCAGGGCAGACGAACUGCCGUAAUAUCUACAUUAUACGCCGUCUUCAGUGCUGUAGACGCACCUUUUUGGAUAGCCUUAUCAAGGUGCAUGUGUCAAGUGGUUGCAUUACAACCUUUAAUAACUAUAUGAACCUUCUUUAAUAGCAAGGCGCACGCAUUUCUUUAUAAUAUCCCUAUGAUUUGAGCAGGACUUCUCUAUAGCUCUGGCUCGGAACUGGGCAAUGAUACCCAGAAAGGUAUUCCGAACACUGAUGUCGAAAUACACGUUCUGGCAGCCUGAAAUGGAACACCCUAGAAAACACAUGCAGGUAGCGACAGACGACGGCAUUUCGUCAUCCGUCCGAGACCGACAACACGUCCUCCGCGAUAUGGCCAUCAGCGGUUUCGGGAUGCGUCACCACAUGGGCCACUUUUGUGCCGGGGGGCGACCCCGCGACCCCCUUGCCGUGUCGUCCACUGGCGUCGCGUUUUUAUUUGGCUUAGUACAAGAAAUUCUUCUAUUUCCCUUAGACACUUGUGAGCUUGUUUCCGGCCAAAAAUGUAACCGGAUGCCUGUGUCUUGCACGGUAUCGUGAUGAGGUCGGUACGUCAUAAAUAUAUGUUACCUUUGAGAUACUUGCCUUUACUGCAUAAUGGCCUUCGUUGCUAAUGCGUCAUUAAACGCCACAAACUACUGAGGCGCAGAUAUAUUUUUCAGGUGUAUGUCUUCAGAGAAAUACGGGUACGCAAACGUAUGUGACGUACUAUUACGAUACUACCUGGCCCUACGCUUGUUUAUGCUCUGCUCUAAAAACAUUCCAACAGUCAGCACCUCUCCUAUGUUUGUGAAACAACAUGCUCGACACACCGUGCAUAAUUUUGUCUGAUGCGUAUGCUCGCAGAAAUUGUGCCUUUUUUGUAAUAUGUUUUUUCUUUGUUGUGGCAUAAUCAAAGUACUUGAAGUCCACGUUGUACGUGCAGUCUCAAUACACUGCACUGAGAAGUACCCUACUUUUUUAUUGCUUUAAACAGUAUUACUGAAGCGCUGUGCUUAAUAGCAUGUCCAGGCUUUAUUCGUGCUGCAAUUGCGGCGUUCAUUUCAUAUUUACUGGGCCGCAGAAGGUUACAACACCACGCGUGUUUACACGAAAAGUACCAUAUGGUAAUCUUUCAGAAUAUUCCUCACGGUGCUGUUUUGUCUCGCACUUCUUUUUUACUGGCUAACUGCUGGCCAGAUUUUCAUUUAUACUUUUGUAAAUUCUGCGUCUUGGGGCACCUUGUGCAAAGUAAGCGCUACAUGAUUGAUUGAUUGAUUGAUUGAUUGAUUGAUCUGUGGGCAUUAAUGCUCCAAAACCACCAUAUGAUUAUGAGAGACACCGUAGUGGUGGACUCUGGAAUUUUGUACCACCUGUGGUUCUCUAACGUGCACUCAAAUCUGAACACACGGGCCUACACCAAUUUCGCCUCCAUCGAAAAUGCAGCGCUACAUGAACAGGACGUGUUUUCAGUUGCUAAUAAAUUGGCGUUCACU